AUGUUUUCAUCGGCCUUCAAGUCUUUCUCAUCCAACAUCACGUCCAACUAUGAAAUCUCGAAGCAACCCUCGGCCACCGUAGGUGUCUGGUCUAUCUUUGACGCGAAGAAAAAAAGUACGGGCGUGCAAGCCUCAGUCUUUGUCUUCGAGCGGAAAUCUUUGGAUGUCAGCAGUAAUGGACUUGGUCCACGUGCUACCAGUGCCACCUCGUUGCGAAAGGUCCAAGAUGAAGUCAUCGAGCGCCUGAGGAAGGAGGCCAGUAGCCUUGCUCGUCUCCGCCAUCCCUCGGUUUUACAGCUGGUAGAACCUGUCGAGGAGACUCGCAGUGGUGGCCUGAUGUUUGCAACGGAACUAGUCUUAUGCUCCUUAUCUGCUGCUCUGGCGCAGAAGGAUCGAACUGGUGGCAGAAGCGGCAGGGGCAUUCCAAGGUCCGUCUCCGAUGACGGUACUACUUCUCAAGCAUUUCAAGAUGUGGAAAUCGAUGAACUAGAAAUCCAGAAGGGACUUCUCCAGGUUGCCAAAGGGCUGGAGUUCUUGCAUGACUCGGCUAAACUGGUCCACGGAAACCUAACUCCUGAUGCCGUCAUAAUCAACGCAAAGUCGGAUUGGAAAAUAGCAGCGCUUGGGUUUGCCGGGCCGCCAGAUGGAGCAGAAGGACAUCAGCCUGUGCCUCAAAUUUCACUGUCCGAAGCCCUCUAUCAUGAUCCCCGGUUACCGCGAGCGGUGCAAUUGAACCUCGACUAUGCAUCCCCUGACUUUGUCCUCGACGCGAAUAUCAAUUAUUUGGCAGACAUCUUCUCACUAGGCCUCGUCAUCCUAGCAUGUUACAGGCAUCCUCACAGGUCACCCAUCGAGACUCAUGGUAACCAGUCGGCCUACAAGAAGAUUUUCAGCAAUUCCUCCACCGUGCCGACGAGCGCCAACAACUUUCUAUCUGACCAGACACUUCCCCGCGAACUGAACGUCACGCUGCCACGAAUGCUGACCAGAAGACCUGCCCAGCGUUUGACUGCCAGCGAGUUUCAACAAUCAGAAUACUUUGACAAUAUUCUAGUGAAUACCAUCCGGUUCCUGGACGCCUUGCCAGCUAAGACCCCGGUGGAAAAGUCACAGUUCAUGAAGGGUCUUGGUCGAGUCAUGCCACAGUUUCCCCCGUCCGUGUUGGGAAAGAAGAUUCUAGGCGUGCUCCUGGAUGAAAUGAAGGACCGGGAGCUUCUCCCACUGAUCAUGCAGAACAUAUUUCAGAUCAUCAAGGUGGUCCCCUCUAGCAAGGAAGUUGUGUCCGGCAAAGUGCUGCCACAAAUGAGAGAGAUAUUUCUGACCAAAUCAAAAUCAGAGGAAAGAGACAGCAGCAAGGAAGCCGCUCUAGUUGCCGUCCUUAAUAACAUCCAACUCCUGGCCGACAACUGUUCGGCUAAACAGUUCAAAGAUGACGUCCUACCAAUCAUUCAUGUUGCCAUGGAGUCUUCCACUCACUCUCUCACCGAUGCUGCUUUGCAAACAUUGCCGGUGAUAAUGCCACUCAUUGACUUUUCGACAGUCAAACAUGACCUCUUCCCCGUGGUGGCCAAUGUGUUCAGCAAGACGAACAGUCUCAGCAUCAAGAUUCGAGGCCUCGAGGCGUUGGCAGUGCUGUGCGGCGUCCCCACCAAUCAAAUGGAAACUCGUGUCGAUGACUUUCCUGGACCCACGCAGCCGGAGAGGAAAGAUAAGAACGUGUCAAGCUUGGACAAGUUUACGAUGCAGGAGAAGGUUGUCCCACUUCUGAAGGCAAUCAAGACCAAAGAGCCUGCCGUGAUGAUGGCAGCCCUGAAGGUCUUCCGACAGAUCGGUACUGUUGCGGACACUGAAUUCUUGGCUCUCGAUGUCAUGCCCAUCCUGUGGGCCUUCAGCCUCGGGCCUCUUCUUGAUCUCUCACAGUUCCAAGCAUUCAUGGACGUGAUCAAGUCCUUGUCGGCGAAGAUUGAGAGGGAGCAGAUACGAAGACUUCAGGAGCUUUCUUCGACCCGACCUGGAGACUUCCGACCGUCGUCGACACCACAACCAUCUGCGAGCAAUGGAGUGCAUCAGGGAUCUGCAGCCACCGGCGCAGAAGACGAUUUCCAGAAGCUUGUCCUGGGCAACAAAAACAGUGAGAAGAACGAUGUCUUCGCAGGCGCACUGGCGGAGGGAGAAAGGUUGACGCAGAACCCACCGUCCUUCUCGUGGUCACCUGUCUCAGGCGGCAAUAAAAGUGUCUCCUCGCAGCCGCCAUUAUCAUCUCUACCAGCACUUCAACCUCGACCGACGUCGCGCUCCAUAACUCCAGAUGUCGGCAUGUCUGCAUUCCCGAGUCUGCAACCAGCGCAGCAGUCGACUGCUUCCAUCUGGGCAACAUCAUCGCCUCCUCCCACGACUGCACAAAACCGAAACCACGUACUGCAGCCAUCAGCUUACACUGCUAGUGCAUCUGCUGCAAUCUCUCCUCCGCCGGUGUCAACCACUGCUUGGCAACUUCCGCCCCCUCCCGGGCCGCAACGUCAGAAUAUAGCAUCUACAUUCGCUCCGAGUAUCGCUCCGCCUCCGCAGAGUAAUGUGCAUGGCAAUGUAUGGCAACAAACCAACCACGGUAUGGCAAUGUCCUCGCAACCAGGAUUUGGCGGGUCAAUGAAUGUUUUGCAGCCUCAAACGAGUCUGCCACAGCCGUCUCAGCAGAAGAAAACGGGAUUGGAUAAAUACGAGUCUUUGCUCUGA